GACAUGUUACCCAUAGAGCAUGUUUGGGAUUCCCUGGGUAGACGUGUACGACAGUGUGUUCCAGUUCCCGCCAAUAUCCAGCAAUUUCGCAUAACCAUUGAAGAGGAGUGGGACAAUAUUCCACAAGCAACAGCCUGAUCGAGUCUAGAUAUGUCAUGCUGCAUGAGGCAAAUGGUCACACCAAAUACUGACUGGUUUUCUGAUCCACGCCUCUAGUUUUUUUUUAAGUAACUGUGACCAACAGAUGCGUAUCUGUAUUCCCAGUCAUGUGAAAUCUAUAGAUUAGGGCCUAAUAAAUUUAUUUGACUGAUUUCCUUGAACUGUAACUCAGUAAAGUCUUUGAAAUUGUUGCGUUUAUAUUUUUGUCCAGUAUACAUCUGGUUUAAUUAACUAACCGCUUCUUUGUUUUACCACUUUCACUAAACGCCACAAGAGGUUGAAUUAGCUUGGUUGCUAUGCUACCUCCAGUGUCUAGUCGGUAAUCGAGACAACCCUGCUACUUUUUUACUCGUCUGGCAUUUCUUCAAAGGCGGCGCAUGAUGGGUUGUAUGCAAAACACGAUGGAAAACAAAUCAUACCAUUGGAAAUGUAUACGUAAACAACGGAGAGAGGGUAGCUUGUCGGUAUAGAGUCUGGCUUGACAUAAUUGUUUCAAAGGGUGCACAUUCUGAAACGCUUAGAUGCAUUCUCUGUCAAUGGGGCAGGGCUGUAGCAGCUCAGGUGCCCCCCCUGGCUCGGUGGUUCAGGUGUGCUUCCCCAGCUCCCAGGCGUCUGUACUGGACAGCCUGAAUCGGCAGCGUGAGGAGGGCCAGCUCUGUGACCUCUCCAUCCAGGUCCAGGGGAAGGUGUUCAAGGCCCACCGCUGCGUGCUAGCUGCAUCCUCACCCUACUUUCACGACCAGGUGCUCUUGAAGAACAUGUCCACUGUCUCCAUCCCUGCCGUCAUGGACCCGCUGGCGUUCGAGAGCGUCCUGAGCUGCGCCUACACGGGCCAGCUGCGCAUGCUCCGCGAAGACAUCGUCAACUACCUCACCGUGGGCAGCGUGCUGCAGAUGUGGCACAUCGUGGACAAGUGCACAGAGCUCCUCAAAGAGGGGCGGGUGGUGGGUAGCGCAUCCCAGGGGGUCAUUGGGGGAGUGCAGGGGAACCCUGGAUGCAGUAGCAGUGAAAGCUCCCUAGGGGCUGGGAGUGCCCAAGCAGGUGGAAGCAACACCCAGGCAGCCCCUCACCCUCCCAGCCGCCCGUCCCUGAGUGAGAGCCAGUCUCCCAGCAGCACCAACUACUUCAGCCCCAGAGAUGUCAACUUCGGAGGGGGGGCAGCUGGAGCUGCAGGGCAGGAAGGCGUGAACGCCACUCCCAGCUACUGCACCCCUUCUGGGGCCGAGGGGGCCUUCCUGAUCGAAGAGGAGGAUGAAGAAGAGCUCCUGUACCAUAGGAAGCAAGGGAGCAGCAGGAGGAAACGGACAACCUCUGUCUCGGACCAAGAGGUUGGAGUCAGCGACAGCUUUGGAGUGUCGUCCUACCAAGACGGGGACACCUCCCCUCUCCAGAAGCGACCCACCUACAGCCAGCCCAGCAUCAUGCCCCGGAAGCAGUGGUUGGUGGUGAAGACGGAGAGACCACAGGACGAUGACCUGAUUGUGGUGUCGGGGGAGGAAGGGCCAGAUGAGGAAGAGGAGAGAGAGUUGGAGAUGUUGAGGGAGAGGACGUUCAACAUAUCCAAUGUCAGGACUCUGUCUGGAGAGCUGAGGAGCAGAGCGGACCAUGAGAUGGAGACACAGAUGGAUUACUGCCAAUCUUCUGAAGACUACCUCAAGUUUGACAGUGGUUUGAUGGACCAGACUCCCCCACAGCACCUUCAUGACAGUGCUGGUCAGAGUGGUGGCAGAGCUGUUUCUGCCCUACUCAGCCAAGUCCAGUCUGCUGCUGCUGCUAGAGCUCAGCUCUUUCCCAUAGACAUGCAAGGCAACCAGAUCCUCAUGUACAGCCAAUCCUCUUUAGACUCCCCACAACCCAUAGGAAUAGGCAUGGCUGGGGCACCAUUUAAAGGGCCAAACUUAGAGCAUGGAGCGGUCCAUUUGUCAGCACAGGGGGGUUUGGGCGGUGGCAUAGAUGGACUGGAUGGGAGUGGUGGCGGGGGUUCAGGGAAGGUGUUCAUGUGCCACUGUGGAAAGACCUUCACCCACAAGAGCAUGCGCGACCGCCACAUCAACAUGCACCUGGACCUGCGUCCCUUCAACUGCCCCAUCUGCGCCAAGAAGUUCAAGAUGAAGCACCACCUGACGGAGCACAUGAAGACCCACACGGGGCUCAAGCCCUACGACUGCCACGGCUGCGGCAAGAAGUUCAUGUGGCGCGACAGCUACAUGCGGCACCGCUCCCACUGCGAGAGACGUGGCGGGGCGGCUGGCAGGCACGAGGAUGGGGGAGGGUCCGACCGCACUGAUGGCGUCUCCCCUCAGCACCUCUCUCAUCUCCCCCUCUCGGCCAGUCAAGAUGCCGUUGGUGGCAGGACUGGGAUCUCUGUCUUGUCGCCACAUCAUUCCAGUACAGGUAGCAGCAGCAAUGCCGUCUCUUGCCUGACCAUGGCCAGUGCAGGAGUGCACUUAGGGGUCAACUCUCCGAGCGUGUUGCAGGGUCAAGGUUCUGUGUUUGGUCUGGGGGUCAGCCAAGGUGGGUGUGAGGAGGAAGUGUCUGAGGUUGGUGAUAAUGAUAGUGUCACUUGACCAAACGGGUGAACACCAUUUGUGUGUUUAAGACAAGGGGCUUUGGAGAGGUAUUCCAAUGACCUCUGGAAAGUGCCCCUCCUUGGAAAAUGGCUAGGGACCAUUGUGCAGUUCAGUGUACUGGACAUGUCAAGGUUAUUCUCUGUAUGACUGUUUUGUGGCACAUGCCAGUAAGAAAACCAAAAAUCAAAAGAGAUAAUGACUCACCAACAACACUUUUGGUAAAGUCUAAACUAGAAAUAGAGAGGAAAGUUGCAAGUGAUGUGUUCUACAAUAUUCUACGCUUUGUUCUGCCAGGGAAUGAGUGCAUUUCAAGUAAGUGUCUGUGAAGAAGACCCUUGCUGUACUGCGGUCUUGUUUCACAGGAUGCCCUUCCACAUGGGUGAUGUGUUCAAUGUCCAAUUCCAGUGUUACAGUACAGUAUUACAUCACUUGCUAAUCUGCUCCCAUUAUGAUAGGUGCAAAACUAUAAAGUGUAUAGUGUGUUUACAAGUCAUCCUCAUUUAAUAUUGAUCGUAGACAACAAAGCAUUAGUCUGACACUUGGGUUACUUACGGAUCAUUCCUUACUCAAACUGCCAAAUUCCAAUGCAUGCCUCGAGAGACAUUGAGUACUAUUAACAGUAGGCGGGCUCAACAAAGCUGUAUCCACCAGGAUUCUGUAUGUUUUUACCAGGGUUUUACCUUCUAUGAAGGUUGUGGCUAUGUUUUUAUUCAGGAGAAAAACUUGUUGCUUGUAGUCUUUGUGUGCUUAUCUGUUAAAUCAUGUGGUAGAAUGUCAUGAUUGCAGCAGUUGAGGAAAUUGCAUUUGAAGUGAAUAUAAUGAAAGAUAUGUUUAGAUUUAUCAAAUAGGGAAUAUUGAACUAUUUAACACUAAUUUAUAUGCUUAAUGUGACUGCCUUACUAGAACAUACAGUGGGUGUAGGGUCUGAAAAUAGACACCCUUGAUAAAAAAUGAGUAUAAAUGUUAAUACUGAGCUAUAUUGGAAAUAUUAUUUUAUACUAAUACAAUUGCUCAGAGAAAGAGUGUUUCUGAGACUUUUAAGACAAUCAUUUUACUCCUGGCACCACUUUUUUCAAUACCCCACCUUGUGAGGAUAACGGCACAGAGCCUUUUUCUAAAAUGUUUUAUGAGUUGUUGAACACUUUGGGAGGGAUUUUUGGAACAUUCCUCCAUUCAAAACUCUUCCACAUCCUUGAUAUCCUUUGUCUGCGCUUAUGGACUGCCCUCUUCAAUUGGGUUUCAAAUCCAGAGACUGAGAGUUGAGCUUGACCCAGUACCAGGACAUUUUGGCCAGGAGGAGGAAACUUCGCCACAACUGGAUCUUCCCAGUGAGACAAUAACCCCAAGCACACAUCAAAAUCCACAAAGAAAUGGCCAUCUGUCUCCAGACAGAAAAGGGCAGUCCAUAAGCGCAGAUUAAGGAUCUGGAAAGAUUCUGUAUGGAGGAAUGGUCUAAGAUCCCUCCCAAUGUGUUCUCCAAUCUCAUAAAACAUGUUUAAAAAGGCUCAAUGUCAUUAUCCUCACAAGGUGAGGUAUCAAAAACAGGGAUGUCCAUUUUUACCCCUACCUUUUUCAGGGAAAAAAAAUAAACUAAAUGGAUUUCUCUUAGCAUUGUAUUAGCAUAUAAUAUAGCUCAGUAUUUUAGUCAUUUUUCUCAUGAUCAAGGGUGUCAAUUUCAAACCCCACUGUUUAUAGAGAAAGUGCUUUUGGUCAAUAGUGAGUUUCGUAUUGACUCCCUCUUAAUUCUCAAGUUGGCUGCUAUUUGUGAGAUUGAAAAGGAAUUCCAUGGACUGUUUCAAGACUUUACAGUAUGGUUUCAAUAGAGGACUGUUCAAUAACUUGCCUGGCUGCAUUUCAUAGCAUUUACAUCACAUAAAAGGAUUCAACUUCAUGUAACACGUUUUCAUCAGUUGAUCUUAAAGUCUGUACUAUUGUAUGACACUUAACAGCCAGUAUCCAGUUGUCAUCUUUAUGGCAGGAUAAAUACCUUUUUUUUCAUAAAAGGAAAAAUUGUGAGGUUAAAAUAUAGAAAGCUUGUUGCUACUGUACACUAGGUCUGAAAUAUACUGUUUAACUUCUGAAUAGUGCAUAUUUUGAGUUACAUAUUAUUUGAUAUUGAACACUUGUUGCACGCGUGUGGAACCGGAGUUGUUGCCUAAUGCCUUCGAUCACACCUACAGCGUCAUUGCGCAGCAUCGUCGAUGUGUGCAACAAAAAUUCAACAUUCACCUUCUAUAAUGUCUGUCAAGCCUUCUACGCAUAUCAUUUUAUGCAUACGUUCGAUAAAUCCAACGUAUGUAUGCACCACACAGAACGCACUGCAACUGCCAUGUUGCAAGGCAAACGCAGUGUUCCAUUGGAAAUGAAUGUACUUCUGGUGUACCAAAACACAAUGACGCAGUCGGUGUGAGCGAGGCGCAAGUCUUUCUUAGACAUUGUUACUUUAGGCCAAGUACAUCAAUGUGAUCUUUAUCAAAAGGCUAAAUAAAAUACCUUUAGCAA